CAAAGCCAAAUGGCGCCUAAAUUUACAAACUCUGAAAAAGAUUUCAAGAUUACAAAAUGUCGAACUGUUCUUCAGGGAAUAAAAAUGGGAUUUUCCCCUUGAUUUAAAUAUGUGCAAGAUUUUUUUUUAUUGCUCUAAGGUCUCUCUUGUAGUAUCAGCUCUGGGAUGACCCAUGUUUGUAUACAUGCCAUUUUGAAGGUUAAGAAGCUGCAAAGAGAAAAAAUGCUCAGUGCCAUUGUGGACAGGAACCUGGAGGACUAUGACAUCAGAGAAGUAGAGAUGAUGAUUCAGAUGGCACUGUUGUGCACCCAAGCAUCACCCGAAGACCGCCCCACGAUGUCAUUGGUGGUUCGAAUGUUGGAAGGAGAGAGCCUUGCUGGUGGAAGGUGGGAAGAGUGGCAGCAUAUUGAAGCAACCAGUAGCAGGCAAGAUUAUUAUGAAAGACGCAGGGGAGCUGCAGGUCCAUGCUACAACCAGGAAACUAUGCAGUUAUCUGGUGGAAGAUGACAAAAUCAUGGACUAAUAUUUC